AUGCUCAGUAGACUAGUCAAACCGAGAUCAUUGGCCUUGAUUGGCGGGACUGGCGUGGGAAUUGGAUAUCUGGUCAAUAAUAAUGAAUAUGUCUCCCAUUUAGGGAUUGUUAGGUUCGCUAGGGCUGGAUUAACGGUAUGUCUUGCUUCUUUCUUUAUUGUCUUCUUUAGGCCAGUAAAAUGAUCGUUGAUUAUAAAAUAACAAUGAGAGGAGAUCCAGGAUCAGAAGAAUAUCAGCAGCGAAUGCAUUUAUGCCAUUUGAGAGGGGCGAAUAGGAUCCUGGAGUUGUGUCGUAAUAACGGAGGUGUGUUUAUCAAGGUUGGCCAGCAUGUGGCAUCAUUGCAAUAUCUUUUACCGGAAGAAUACAUAUCGGUAUUGGGUGUCUUACAUUCGAAAGCGCCCUCAAGUGAUAUUAUAGAGAUCAAAAAGGUUUUCGUAGACACAACGGGACGGGAAGUAAGUCUCCAGAUUUAGAACUUAUUCAUUUAGGUAUUAGUUGGAAGAUGUUUUCGAGUAUUUUAACCCUGAGCCUUGUGGAGCGGCUUCUUUGGCACAAGUUCACGAAGCUCGUCUCAAAUCUGGAGAAAGGGUGGCAGUGAAGAUACAGCAUCCAAAAGUGAGGGACAGGUCGGUUAUGGAUGUGGCGACCAUGGAAUUGUUUGCUCGGAUAGCCGAUUAUCUAUUCAGUGACUUCAAAUUAAUGUGGUUGGUGGAUGAGACAAAGAAGAAUCUUCCUAAAGAAUUAGACUUUAUCCAUGAAGCCAAGAACGCCGAGAAGGUUAGGGAGUUGUUCAAACACAUGGAUUUCUUGGAAGUCCCGAAGAUUUAUCUUGAUCUCUGUUCGGAGAAAGUUCUCACGAUGCAAUUCUGUGAAGGUUGUCAGAUCUCAGAUGUGGAUUACUUCAGAACAAAUAAUAUUGAUACGCAUGAUGUAAGUUUACGCUUUUCUGGCUUGAUUGCAUUUAGGUUUGUCGUAAAAUAGGUCGCUUGUACAGUGAGAUGAUCUUCAAGGAUGGUUAUGUUCAUUGUGAUCCCCACCCAGGAAAUGUUCUAGUCAGAAAAGAAGGAAGCAAAACAAAACUGGUCCUUUUAGAUCAUGGACUUUAUUCGGUAA